UUGCUUGAAUAACACGGUAAUGGAAUGCAAGGAUGGCAAGGAUUGCAGUAAGGUGUCAGAAGUGACAACUGAGGGCAACAAGGUCCAGGUAUUAUCGGACAACAUUGAGGUGGUGGGAUGCAAGGUGGCCUCCUAGGUGGACUUUUGCAAGGAAUUUCUUCAAUUCUCGGGAUUUUACACGAAAGAAAUUAUGGCAGCACCCAGUGCUUAUAAGAGAUUAAUGUUAAAAAUCGCUUCGGUCCUCCCCGAGAAAGUUCGCCCCGCAUUUUUGCAUCCUGCAGGUCCGACAACCGUAUUCUUUUGGGCGCCAACGUUUAAAUGGGGUCUGGUUAUAGCGGGUAUAGGAGAUAUUAAUCGACCUGUAGAUACGAUUUCUCUCAGCCAAACUGCGAGUCUUAUGAUUACAGGUGCAAUUUGGUCUAGAUAUUCACUGGUCAUCAUACCAAAGAAUUAUAAUUUGUUGAGCGUCAAUUUAUUCGUUUCUGCCACGGGAGCAUAUAACUUCAUCAGAGGAGCAUUAUAUCAAAUGGCGCAAAAGUAAAUGGACAUCAUAAAUAUGCAGAUCAUGAAAUUAAGAAGAAAAAUGCUUAUCAGUUUUAGGAUUUGUUUUUACCUGGCUGAUAUUCUGAACGACUUCCAUUCCUUUGUGAACUCGGC